AUGGGUAUUAAUAAAAAAGAAGUCGACUACUCGUUAUAUCUGGUUACAGAUUCCACUAUGUUGCCUGAAGGCACAACGGUGUGUUCCCAAGUGGAAGAAGGUUUGAAAAACGGUGUUACAAUUGUUCAACUUCGUGAGAAGGAUUGUGAUACUAAGUCGUUUGUGUUGGAAGCCAGAAAAGUGCAGCGAUUAUGUAUACAGUAUAAUGUUCCGUUGAUUAUCAAUGACCGCAUUGACGUUGCAUUGGCUAUUCAGGCCGAUGGUGUCCACGUUGGACAGUCAGACAUGCCAAUUCCUCUUGUGAGAGAACUUGUUGGUCCUGAUAUGAUCGUCGGAUGGAGUGUAGGCAAUAUAGAGGAAGUUGAACAGUUAGCUCGAUGGGGUCCAAAUAUGAUUGAUAAUAUUGGUAUUGGUAUGGUAUUCCCAACAAAGACAAAGAAAAACCCUAAAAAACAACCAUUUGGUCCUCAAGGUGUGAUCUCGAUAUUAGAUGCAUUGGAGGAGAAUAAUGCCGAUUGGAUCAAAACUGUUGCUAUCGGUGGCCUACAUCCAGAUAAUAUUGAGCGAGUCCUUUAUCAGUGUAGGAGCUCAAAUAAUAGAAGAGCAUUGGAUGGUAUCGCAGUUGUAAGUGAUAUCAUGGCUGCUGAAGAUGCUGGUUUUGCUGCAACUCGUCUAAGAAGCCUAUUAGACAGAACCAUUUACAACUUUUCAAACUUGGAUUUGUCAACACCGCAAAUAUCGUCGGAAUUGAUUAAAGUUAUUAUAGAUCAAGUUUCUAAACAACAUCCAUUAGUUCAGCAUGUAACAAACAAGGUGCAUCAAAAUUUUGGAGCCAAUGUUACUCUUGCUAUCGGUGGUUCCCCAAUUAUGUCAGAAAACCCAGAUGAAGUUCUAGAUUUAGCAAGUGUUUCAAACUCUGCUCUACUUCUGAAUACUGGAACUGUUGCAGCACUUAAUGAUUUAAAGAAAAUUGUGCAUGUAUACAAUGAAGUAAGAAGACCAAUUGUUUUUGAUCCAGUUGGUUACAGUGCCUCUCAAACUAGAUUAGAUUUAAACAAUGCUUUACUAUCCUAUGGUCAAUAUACGUGCAUAAAAGGAAAUAUUGGUGAAAUACUAGCCUUGGCAGGUAUGGGAGUCUCAAAAAUGAGAGGUGUGGAUUCUGGCGAUGAUGUUAUUGAUGAGGCGAUAUUACUGAAAGCUACACGUAGAGUAGCUUUCAAAUAUAAAACAAUUGCUGUCUGUACCGGUAUCACGGAUAUAAUCGUCAAUGGUACAAUGUCAGGUGAAACUCAGUUAGGAAGAAAUGAAUCUAAUACCAAUCCUGAAUUAUUGUCAUAUAUCACUUGUACUAGUGGUGAUAUUCCAAUAAUGGGAAGAAUUACAGCCAGUGGUUGCUCACUCGGGUCUACAAUUGCCACAUUACUUGGCAGUUUGUCGAUAGGUGAGAAUGCCUAUAGAGCAGUUGUUGCUGCAGUUAUAUUAUAUAAAACAGCAGGGAAAAUAGCAGCAAACAAUUGUACUGGAACAGGUUCCUUUAAUGUUGCCUUAUUAGAUGAAUUAUAUCAACUAGUCCAAUCGAAUAACCCUGCUAGUUGGGAUGUUACUUUAAAUAUCAGUAGUUAA